GGAAGGGAAUCUGACAGUAUUUCCGGGUCAAGAAGCAGUAUACAGCACUGGUGUACACAGGUUUCCACGUGAGUCUUCAAAACGGCUUUUCAUGACGAAGUGGUUUUCGUGUCUGAGAAGACCGGAAGAUACAACACCGCUGAGAAGAUCUUUAUUGAUCAGGCUCAACGUCUGGCCCUACAGAGGGAGAUAGACAAGGAAUCCCAGCCCACGGUAUCGGUCAGAUCACUGAUGGUCCAAGCCGACACUGGCGACAAGAUGGUUACUAUGGAGAAGAAGAACAAGAAGAAGAACAAGAACAGUGGGAAGGACACCCACACUGAGGAAGAGAUCUCAGAAAACACUUCCGUAAACCUGGGGAAUAACGAAGGAGUGAAGAGGAAAAAGAAGAAGAAAGCAGAGACUCCGGUAGAAGAAGAGCAGGUGUCUUCCAAUGGGGAUGGAGGGAAUACGGAAGGAGAGCAGGAGAAAAGGAAAGUAAAGAAGAAGUUGUUGGCGGGGUCUGGGACUGACACCAACGGUGAGGAAGCCAUGACUAACGGAAAUGAUGGAGGGAGCGGACAGAAGAAGAAAAAGCAGAAAGGUGCUAACACUGUUAAAACGGAGGACGAGACAGAACAGAGUGAAUUAAAGGAGGAGAAAGGAGGAGUGGAAAAUGGGCAGAAGCUGAAAAAAAGAAGAAGCUCUCUCCGGCAGAAGAGACGGAGGUCAGCGUUGUCCAGGUAG